AUGUCGUCACCACCGCCAUACCAAUCCCCUGCCAACCCUCUCAAACGACCCUCCCUCUCGUCAACAGCAUCACUACCUGUUGGCAAAAAGGCGCGCAUGCACCCCCUGCGCCAGACAUCAUUUCCGACACUCGAAGCAGAACGUAGUUUCGGCGCCGCCAGCGACGCGGGCAGCGUGACGGGCAGUUACACUGGAAGUUUGGGCGGAACAAGUGCAGAUGGUAUCUUUGCCGGAGCAGCGCGCGGGAAGAAGCGCGGACGAAAGAGCAAGGCAGAGAAAGAGCGCGAACGCGAACGCGAGGAUGCUCUCAGUUCCAGAGCAGGAGAUGCGCGGCUAGGAUCCGCUGACGCCGAGGGCUCAGUACGAGGAGGUAUGGGCGGCGGCGGCGGCGGCGGCGGCGAUUAUGGUGAUGAGGAUGACGACGACGAUGAGGGCGAGCUUCUGGGCCGUGAAGAAGGCACAACUGAUACAGAGGCUGAAAAGAAGAACCUGGCAAUUCUGGUUGAUGCGUUUAAUCCCAUGCAAUCUGAGCGAUAUGACUUGUUCAAGCGUGCAAAGCUGCGCAAGGAAUCGCUUCGUCGAAUCGUUAACCACGCCCUCUCACAAUCAGUUCCCGCCAGCGUCGUCACUACGGUCAACGGAUUCACCAAAGUCUUCGCGGGUGAGAUGGUGGAAAAGGCCCGAACGGUGCAGGCGGAAUGGGCCGCGGCACACGAUCAAGCUGCGCGGGCCGAGUUCGAAGCCGAACAGGAGGCUGCCGAGAAGAAAGCGCAGGCCAAAGCGCAGGCUGGAGCUGCGACUACACAAUCCAACACAGCAACACCUACACCAUCUGGAACUCCCGUUCCAGGCGUCGACAAUGGCGUCAAGAAAGAGCCUGACACAGACCAAGCCAGGCCCUCCUCCACUCCGGCCCACAACCCCAACUCUACAUCAUCAUCCGCUCCUGGCAAGCACAUCUCUCGCUCUCCGUCAUUGCAACAACAGGGUCAGUUCUCGGCGCCUUUGCGCCCGCACCGCGAAUUCCGACCACCACCCAAUCCCCACAGGGGUCAACUUCUACCUGCACACUUGCGUGAAGCAUUGCGACGCUCGAAACGCGACGGUGAAGGUGGAGGUGUCGGUUUCUCGGGGAUGAGCCUGGACAAUUUGGGAGUCAAGGGUUCAGUCACAUGGAAUUCGGGCAGUGUUGGUGGCCGCAGACUGUUCCUCUUGCCAUGGAGUCAGGGUGGUGCUUUGGAGAGAGGCGAUCCAAGGAAAAGCGUCAAGUGGAUUGAUUCGUACUCACUCAUCUCGCCCGCGCCUGGGAUUAUAAACUUUUUUUCGCCUUGCGAUGAUGCAAACGCAGCACCGCGAGUCCUACAGUGGCCUAUCCUCCGCAUCCCUUGGCAAGGCCGUAUUGGCGUUACCAUAUUUGCCUUCCUCACGGGCUACGUCUCCGCUAUAAAGCCUCUUAAACAAUCUCGAGCUGGAGAUACAGCCGCGUCUUUCACGACUAUCGCUACAAGCGCGUUUCGCAGACCGCCGCGAUUGAUAUUCCCCGCCACGAUUGCUUUGAUUAUUUCAUGGGUUCUUGCGCAAUUCGGUGGCUUUGUCGUUGCCAACCGCUCUAGUUGCUGGUGGUGUCGAUAUGCUGCUCCUGAACUAGAAGAUUCUCUCUGGAAAGAGAUCAUACGCUUAGGGCAGAAUUUCUUGUCUACUUGGACGACGGGCUAUAUGGCGUACGAUGACCACCAAUGGGCUCUUUUGCCACUGCUGAAGGCGGCCAUGUUGGUGUAUAUUCUGCUUGUUGCGACCAUGUUCAUGAAGUUCCAGUAUCGAGUGGCUGUUUAUAUUGGCAUGAUCGUAUACUUCUAUCAGGAUCCUGCGAAGAAUGCAGAAACGUUCCAAAUGCAAGCUGUCUACGGAAUGCUUCUGAGUGAACUCUCCCACUCCACGACCCUCAAAAACUGGAUCAAAACCCACACCUACGGCCGCAGAAUGAUUACCGUACCUCUAGCGAUAAUCGGCCUCCUAGUCGCCUCGUACCCAGGCGAAAAUCCCGAAUGGAUGGGCUGGUCCAAGUCCAUGUUCGACCUAGCACAACACAUCUUCCCACCAGAAACCGACAUCGGUAAACGCUACACAGCACUUGGAAUCGACCUGAUCAUCCUAGCGAUUUACCUCUCCCCAUCAACCAAGGAAUUUCUCGCAAACUCGGUUCUGCUCUGGCUGGGCAAACAGAGUUUCGCUGUCUAUCUAGUUCACGGCACCAUGCUACGAGUUAUUCUCGUCUGGAUGCUGUAUGGAAUCAGUGGCCAGCCUUGGGAAGGACCCGAGGCGUUAACUGACGACAAGCGAGAGUGGCUGCCGCUUCGUCCGCCGUGGGUUGUUGCUAUCAGUAUCCCUGUCUGGAUUGGAAUGGUCUAUGCGGUUGCGGCAGCUUGGACUGCACAUGUGGAUCCAUUCUGUGCUCGCAUGACACAGAAAUUAGAGCGGGCUGUUUUUGUCGAGGACGAUCAGGCGGAUUUGCCGCUGCUUAAUGUGUCUGUUCCCAUGCAGACUUCUUGA